GCAUUGCAGACAGAGGUGGUCAGACCAAUAGGAGGAAUUGUUAUUAGGAUUCUAGCGCAUGCUCCGUGGGCUCAAGACUUCAUGUGUGUCUAUCGCUAGUACGUACGGUGGAGGUCACAGUGAAUCGGCAAAGCAUUGGGACUGAUCCUUCCCUACCAUGGCGAAAUUGUUUGAGUCCAUUGGAAAAUUGGGGCUGGCCCUGGCAGUUGGUGGAGGUGUGGUAAAUUCUGCCCUCUUUAAUGUGGAUGCAGGGCACAGGGCUGUGAUCUUUGACCGGUUUCGGGGGGUGCAGGAUUUAGUAGUUGGGGAGGGGACACACUUCCUGAUCCCCUGGGUCCAGAAGCCAAUCAUCUUUGACUGCAGAUCCCGUCCACGUAACGUCCCUGUCAUCACUGGCAGUAAAGACUUGCAGAAUGUGAACAUCACUCUGAGGAUUCUGUUCCGGCCGCUUGCCACCCAGCUGCCACGCAUCUUCACCAGCAUUGGAGAGGACUACGAUGAGAGAGUGCUGCCCUCCAUCACCACCGAAGUGCUAAAAGCUGUCGUGGCCCGGUUUGAUGCAGGAGAGCUGAUCACACAGAGAGAGUUGGUCUCCAGACAAGUCAGCGAAGACCUGAACGAGCGUGCGUCCACAUUUGGCCUUAUUCUGGAUGAUGUGUCUCUGACACACUUAACCUUUGGUAAGGAGUUCACGGAGGCUGUGGAGAUGAAGCAGGUGGCACAGCAGGAGGCAGAGAGAGCCAGAUUCGUUGUGGAGAAGGCGGAGCAGCAGAAGCAGGCGGCCAUCAUCUCGGCAGAAGGUGACUCCCAGGCUGCCCUUCUGAUCGCCAACUCCCUGCAGGAGGCAGGUGACGGCCUGGUGGAACUGCGUAAACUGGAGGCGGCCGAAGACAUCGCCUUCCAGCUCAGCCGGUCCCGCAACGUCACCUACCUGCCCUCUGGCCAGGGCACGCUACUGCAGCUGCCCCAGUGAGGGCAGUAACACACACACACAUAUACAAAUGCACUCACAAAGUAACGGACUGGCUCACACAUAGACUGUGUUGAGCCACUGAAAGGACUACCAAUCUCAAACCCAAAAUGCAACUUGACUGUGUCUUUCGUUUUGUCUCUCUUCCCCUUAGCAUUUCUCUGUUUGUUGCUUACUCUAAAUAAAACUAUGAGGUUAUCAAUUCAUUGGUGAGGAGCAUACAAGUUGAUGUGUAUGUUUGUGUGCACGUGUGUGUGUGACAUUAUCCUUGUGAUGAAGCUUUAUCUUAAAUUAGCAAAUGUUUCUGAAGGGGAAAAAAAAGAAUAAUUUCUGGACAGUGUCACACACACUGCUGUACAAUGACAUGCACAGGCACUCUCAUGUGCAGCCUCUUUUAAAUUGAAACAUAGAGUCCAGCAUAGCCUUACUUUUACACUGAGGCAGGGCUCUGAGGCGUGUAAAACGUGCGAGAGUAUGCAAAUUGAGCUGUGUUUAUGUCUGGGUAGUGGACAAAAAGUGCUUGUUUAAAAAAGAAAUAGUAAUAAUAAAUUCCACCGAUCAUUCAAAUUCAUUGCUGGAAAUGAUAGCUAUUGUUUUGCCUGCUGGCUUGUUGAAAUUAGCAUUUUUAAGUUCAUUUUGUCAUUGAAACGUGGUAAAUCCCUACAAUCAGAUUACAGGAAACUGAAGAAUCGGAUAUGUUGAUGUAACAAAUUGGUACUGACAUGAGCAGUGUUGGAAUUGGCUUUAUUAAGUAUGUAGCACUUGGAAAGCAUAUGUGGGGAAUGGCAUACAGGUGUCACUAUGUCUUUGAACUUUACUUGGAACGCUUAAAGAUAUAUAUGAAAAGAUAUUACACUAAGUACAGUGAUGUGUCUUAUUUUUUGGUUAUAGUGUGAAUGAGAAGUAUGUGACUGUGCCAGCACUGCCAGUAUCCUAUUUCCUUGAGCAUUGAUUGGGUCAAGGUCCCAUCAUGUCCAGUGCGUUCAGUGCCAGUGUGUUAAGGUCAGCUCAUUCAUACACACAAACGAUUGAUUUGUGUUUGGCUUUGUGUUCUGCUGUGAUUGAUUUGUUUUUGUACAAGUUUGAAGGAAAAUAUGUGACGCCCUGCAUUCCGUGCUGAAAACUCUCAUAGUCAUUCAAUAAAAAAAGAUAUCAUAUUU